GUCCGUAGUCCAAACCAUCAUCUCUUUCCCGAAGACAUCUUAUCUACAUCUACACAUAACACAUACCUACACAUUUUGGUUCGCCUAACCAAUCUGUUGUUUUAACUCAUCGCAUCGUGCACACCUACGCCGAUCGACUUCCUACUUCGGUAGCUCAAUCGGAAACAUGUUCACCACCAACGUAGCCGUCGUCGCGCUCUCCGCACUUAGUCUCGUCUCUGCUCAAGCGAAUUCUAACUCGACCUUCAAAAUUGACCCGAGCACAGUCGAUAUCUCUGAUCGCGUUGCUUGGUGCCAAGGACAGACGGACAGCUGCGGCACGCUUUGCGGUAAUGCGAUCAACAAUGCCUGCUCAACCGACACGUUAGAUUUUACGUGUGAGUGCGAGGGCGGUGAUUACCCCGACAUGAAUGACUUCCAGAACACGAUGCCUUGGUUCGUUUGCGAGCGACUUCAGAGCAACUGCAUCACGCAAGAGGAGAACAACGCUGCCGGCCAGAAGAACUGCACUGAAACGUUUGGUGAUAAGUGCGGUACGGAAAAUGUGACGGCUCAUGCAGGAGAAGGAGAGUCAACUAGCAGCUCCAGCUCUGCGGCGCCUAGUGGAAGCGCUACUGCUGCUUCUAGUUCGGCUGCAGCGAGUUCGACUUCUAAUGCCGGAGCUGUCCCCACCAACAUUCAGUAUCUCGGAAACGGUGCUGCUGCUGUUGCUGUCGGCCUAUUCGCCUAUAUGCUCUAGGAGUAAUAAUGGGUGUAGGAUGAAUAAUUGCCUAAAGGGUUUAAAAGCCGUGGUUGCUGAUGGAAUUGCUAUAAUGGCGCUGCCGUUCCUUUCUUGUACAUUUCAACACCCGCAGCAAUCAUAAUCCACCGGACUGGACAUGUCAUGUUGCACGUGACAACCCCAAUUCACGAGGAGACGAUUCGAGUAUUGAUGAUUUA